AUGGAUACAGAUACUAAUCAUUUAAAUGUUAAAAGAGAUAUUCUAGAAAGAGAUAGAGUACUUAGAAAUUAUUUUGUAUUGGUGGAUUGGAAAUCGGAUGACGCUUUAUUUCGUUUGAAAAGAAGAUUGGUUACUGGCGAGCCAAUUCACCCCCAUGAAUACUAUCAAUAUUUGUAUGAAGAUAGUUGGUCUGGUUCAAUCAACAACGGAUUAAAUGAUAGUCUUGUAUUCACAGAUGGCCAGGAGAGAUUCCUUAUCCUGUUGGUUCACACAAACGAUUCAAAGAAAAUCAUUGGUUCUCAGAAAUACAAGAUGAUUGAUAGAAUCGGUAAAUGGGUAGACAAAACACCUUCUAAAUUAAUCGAUGUUGGUGUUAUUACAUCAUCUUCCAACCAAUACAAGGCAAUAGGCCAUUUAAAAUUAGAAAGUACCAACAUUAAUGAUGUCGACAUGUCCAAUAUCGAAGUAGAUAUUGACAUUGAAAGACAAACCAUCAACAAUUAUGUUUGGUACGGUAAUGCCCCAUCUGACUAUCUACUUUAUUGCGAUGAUCACAAAGUGGAAGAGGUUACAGAGAUUAUUUCAGAUUUGGAAAUUUGA